AUGCUCGCUCAAAUUUUGCACAAACACCAACUACAAUAUUAUAAGCUAAUCCUCGUUGGCACUUUUGCCAAGUCGGUGCACUUUGUGCCACUACUCUCAUUUACGUUCUUCCCAGUUAAGGUUGGGUAUAUUACAAGCAUUGGUACAAUGGCUGACGAUUUUGAUGAUUUGGACGAUUACUUAGACGACUUUGAUGCGGAAAUUCUUUCUCAGGAGCCUGGAAGCACAGUUAAGUCACAAGACUCGGCGCAAUUACAGAGUAGGGAGAACAAUGAUGAAGGGGAUGUAGAAUUGGGGGGGUUGCAGGGAUUGGCCAAUGCAGCAGGUCUGGAUGCUGAUUUUGCAAAAAGUAUCGCAGCAUUUAUGAAUGAGCUUGAUCCAACCGGUGCAGGUUCUGGAUUGGAGGGAUUGUUAGAGACGGCGCUAAACGGGAGUACAAUUAUACCAGAUGGUGAUGAAAGUGACCAUAAUGGUAUGCAUAAAGACGGCGCCAAAAACAGUGAAGCGCAAGAAUAUAAUGGUAAGAAUGGUGAAGAACAGGGAUUCCAUGAUACUAUCAACGAAACGAUCAACAGAUUGAAACAAUCAUCACGAAAAGUUGAUGCUGAAUCUACCCAGAAAAUGGAUAGAGAUGAAGAACUUUUAACAACUUUGCUGAAUAGUCUAGACCUUGAUGGAGACGGUGCAGGAUUUGAGGGUAUGGAUGAGUUGAAGGAUUUGUUGAACGAGACAGAAAAUGGGAAAUUUGCAGGCAAUGACGGUCGUAACGGUGAUGAUGCUGAUGAUGAAGGUAUUGAUAAACUUUCUGGUGUGUUAAUGAAGAUGUUGAAUAGACUCACGAGUAAGGAGAUGAUGUAUGAGACAGUGAACGCUGCCGUGGUUAACUACAGAAACUUCUUCAGGGACUCCAAUACAAGAGAAAGCACCCUGCCUGAUGAUUACCUACGAUACGAGAAGCAAUUGAAGCAUUUAGAGAACGUGAUUCGAACAUUUGAUGCUGUGGAUUACAACGAGGAAGACGUUGCAACGAGGGAGUACAUUGACCAAGAAAUGGAGGAAUAUAACAAGCUUCUUCCGCCUCCACCUGGGGUAGUGCAGGAUGAUCUGGAGGGCAUGGGGUUGGAUGGCCUCGGAUGGAACGACAAGGAGGUUCCAAGCAACUUGGACGGAUGUGUUCAACAAUAA